UGCAGCUAGCUAAUUCUUACAGCUAGUUACUACUAGCAUAUACUUUAUAUCCUCUUUAUCUCUAAUAAGCUUAAUUUGACACGUACGUACGGCAUGCAUACUCCAUCAAUGGAUCAGCCGGCGGCGUCGAAUGGUGAUGAGGCGCCUCGCAUGGAGAUGUGCCCGUCGCUGUAUCGCGCUGCACGGAGCGGGCGAGCGGAGGAGGUCAUGGCGUUGCUUCUGCAGCAACGGCCCGGCGAUGGUGCAGCAGCACAUCGUCAAGUCGCUGGCAUCAUUCAGCACAGACAGUGCAACGUACUCGAGGUGACGGCGGAGAGGAACACCAUUCUUCAUGUCGCAGCGGAGAAAGGGCAUGGCGAGCUGAUCCAGGAGCUCUACCAUAGGUUCAUCAGGGACAAUAGUCUCCUCUCUCGCCGGAACUCGGCGAUGGACACACCUCUGCACUGCGCGGCGAGGGCAGGGCACGCCGGCACCGUGACGAUCCUUGUAAAUCUGGCCCAGGACUGCGAGGAGAAUAUCCUGGGAUGCCAGAACGCGGCCGGGGACACGGCCCUACACAUGGCAGCGAGGCACGGGCAUGGCGCCACCGUGGAGGCUCUUGUCGUGGCACGUGCGAAGGCGACCGUGUUAGUUAGCAUGAAAGGUUCGGAUCAUGUGAUGACGACCUGACAGCUUGCAUGCAUGUAGUUGUUGAGGUUAGUUUGGAUUAGGUUAGUCUAUCCAUGCGGAUCAGGUUAGCCUUUCCUCCACAUGCGAUAACAGAUGUUUGUUAGAGUUUGUUUUCUGUUUUCUGUUACUGCAUGCAGUCGUUUCAUCAAUCUCGGCUUCGGUUGUUCUCAGCUGCGCCGAACUCUGUAUCGCCACGAUGGGGGCUGUUCCCAUCACAUAUAUAUUAACACGAAGGCGACGCACAGGAUUAGUGCGAUCGUUUCCACCCAAA